AUGCGUUCCAUUCUUCUCAGUGGCGCGGCCGCUCUGAGCUACGCCCUGGGCGUGUCGGCCAACGCCUACAACACGUCCGCCUACACCGAUUCGGCAACUGGGUUUGAGUUCCAGAGAUGGUGUGACACCGACGACACGGGUUUCUGUUUUGGUAUUGCGCUCCCCGAGGAUGUCGACACCGACUUCAUCGGUCAGAUGACCGUCCCCCUCUCAAGCUCGGCCGGAUGGGGUGGUGUCAGUAUGUCGGGCUCCAUGACUUCGGUUCUCUUGAUUGCCGCCUGGCCCAAUGGAGAUUCGGUCGUCGGCACCCUGCGUGAGGCCACGUCCUAUACCUCUCCGGCCGUCUACAGCGGUGAUGCCAGUCUUGAGGAGAUUCCCGAGGGAACCUCCGUGAACAGCACCUACCUCACCUACACCUUCCUGUGCAAGGGUUGCAUUAUCGGCGACCCUACUACCUUCUCCGCUGACGACAGCAGCUACUACUUCGGCUGGGCUCUCAGUGCCACCAACCCUACUACUCCUUCCUCCGCUUCGUCCAAGAUGCCCUACCACGCUGCCGGCUAUGGUGGUUUCGAAGUGCAGCUUGCCGAGGCCAAGUCUUCCAAGUACUCCACCUGGGCCGCUGAGGCUGUUGCUGCUACCCAGACCUCCUCGACUGCCUCUUCGGCGUCGGCCAGUGCGUCUGCCUCUGCUUCAGCCAGCAUUGUUGCUACCGUUUCGAACACGACCUAUGAUUACAUUGUGGUUGGUGGAGGUGCUGCCGGUCUGGUUGCCGCGACGCGCCUGGUGGAGACCGACAAGAAGGUUCUGCUCAUUGAGCGUGGUGUAGCUCCCACCGUCGAGUUGGGUGCGACUGAUUCCCUGUCGUGGAACUCCUCGUUGACCGGGUACGACGUGCCUGCUCUGGGAACCUACAUCCAGGGCUCCGACCUCGUGAGCCAAUACCUUUGCGAUGACACCGCCGGAAUGGCCGGAUGUGUUCUCGGUGGUGGUACCGUCAUCAACGCCAUGUCCUUCAUCUACCCCCAGGAAGCCGACUUCGACGACAAGUGGCCGACUGGCUGGAAGUGGAAGGACGUCAAGGCCGCUGCGGCCCGCUUCUACGAGCGCAACCCGGGAAGCACCCUGCCUUCGGCUGACGGUAAGCGUUACGAUCAGGGCAUGUACACCGUUCUGUCCUCCUUCUUGAAGGGCCUUGGCUGGAGGUCCGUCGACUCCCAGCAGGAACCCAACGAGAAGCACAUGGUGUACAGCUACCCGUCCUGGGACGUGGGCAAUGGUAUCCGUGCCGGUCCUGUGCGCUCUUACCUCCCCCUGGUCGAGGACUCCGACAACUUCACUAUGCAGCUGGAGACCAAGGUCCGCCGCCUCGUACGCCGUGGCGGCCGCAUUACCGGUGUGGAGGUUGAAACCGAAUCUGGCAGCAUCGAAAUCAUCAACGUCAGCGCGGGCGGCAAGGUCAUUCUUGCUGCUGGCUCCAUGUCUACUCCCCGCAUCCUGUACAACUCUGGUAUCGGUCCCACCGAGCAGAUCGAGACUGUCCAGAGUGGCAGCAGUGGCAUCACUCUCCCUCCCUCGGCCGAAUGGAUCAACCUGCCCGUCGGACACAACCUCCGCGAUCACCCCAUGUUCACCGUUACCGUCGACACCAACAGCAACUUCACCCACUUCAACACCUCCAGUGCCCGCUAUGGUCCCGCUGCCACCGUGAAGCAGCUGUACUCCGAGGGCUCGGGUGUCCUCACUCAGGGUGGCCACCGUCUGCAGUUCUGGACCUCCAACGUCGGCACUGACGGCGUGACCCGUUUCUUCCAGGGCUCCUGCAGCACCACCGAGGACGGUGUCAUCACGAUGAAGCUAUACCUGACUCACGGUGCCACCUCUGUCGGUGUCCUGAGUAUUGACUCCACGGGUGCCACAGUCAUCGAGACCUCGCCCUACUUGCAGACGGCUGCGGACAAGGCCGCCGCCACCAGCUUCUUCCAGAGCCUGAUCGAUGACAUGAGUAACUCGACUGCCGGCUUCUCCAUCGAGGGAGGCGCUUCUGCUUCGAGCAUCCUGGCCCAACAGUCCAGCGGUGACCACUUUGUCGGUACUGCCAAGAUGGGCUUGGACGAUGGCCGCACGGACAACGGCACAUCGGUUGUUGACACCAACACCAAGGUGUACGGCACGGAGAACUUGUACAUUGUCGAUGCCAGUAUCCACCCCGAUCUGCCCACCGGUAACUCCCAGGCCAUCAUCCAGAUCGCCGCGGAGGCGGCUGUUGCCCGGAUCGUCGCUCAGGGCACCAGCGCCAGCGCCAGCGCCAGCUCCGCGUCGGCGUCGGCGUCGGCGUCGGUUUCUGUCGCUUCGGCCAGCACGAACGUGGCCUAUGCCGCAACUACUGUCGUCAGUGCCAGCGCUGUGUCCACCGAAGCUGUCACUUCCGCCUCGGCCGUCCCGACCGCCGGCACCAUCUCGUCUACUACGACUACCGAGUCGGGUGGCGAUGACAACGAGUCGGGUGAUGAGGGCGAGGACGACGACGACGAGUACUACGACUGCGACGGCGACGGCGACGACAGUGACUACGACGAUGAGGAGACCGAAUCGGUGACGGCCAAGGUGGCCAUGGCCACGAGCGCGGCGGCCACGACGGCAGUUGCUGAGUCGGGUGUCUCCACGACGACCAAGUGGGUGACGUCGACCGCCUGGACCACGACCACCGAUGUGGUGGUAGCCACGGCCACCUCGACUGUGACUGUCUGGCCCACCUUUUCCUAG